AUGGCUGUUGCACCCCAGUCAGGAGAUUUUACUUUCUUAACUUCUCUGGAUUAUUCUCACGGUCCAACAACUAUGGACGAAAAGUAUGUACAGCAGAUUUGGGAUUUGCUGAAACGUGCAAUUCAAGAAAUUCAACAUAAGAACAAUUCUGGGCUAAGCUUUGAAGAGCUGUACCGAAAUGCGUACACGAUGGUGCUGCAUAAACAUGGAGAGAAGUUGUAUAAUGGUCUCAAAGAAGUAGUUACAGAGCAUCUACGCACAACGGUGCGGGCAGAAAUUGAGCAAGCUGUAAACGGAAAUUUCCUGGAGACCCUUAACCGUGCCUGGCAAGAUCACACCACCGCUAUGGUUAUGAUUCGUGAUAUUCUCAUGUACAUGGAUCGAGUAUACGUUCAGCAGCAUAACGUUGCUCCGGUUUACAAUUUAGGUUUAGCGAUAUUUAGAGAUGAAAUUAUACGUUACGGUACCCUGGGUGAUACGCUUAGGAACAUUUUGUUGAAAAUGAUUGCUGCCGAACGUAAAGGAGAAAUAAUUGACAAGAUGGGAGUUAAAAAUGCAUGCUCUAUGUUAAUUGAUUUGGGACUCGAUUCGAGAAGAGUUUAUGAGGAUGAAUUUGAAGAGCCUUUCCUACGUAUAUCUGCUGAAUAUUAUCGUGCUGAAAGCCAAAGGUUUCUGGCUGAAAGUAGUGCCUCUGUGUACGUUAAAAAAGUGGAAGAACGUAUUAUAGAAGAAGGGAACCGUGCAAAGCUUUAUUUUGAUAAAGCUACAGGAGUGAAGAUUCUCCAAGUGUUAGAAGAAGAACUUAUAAAUAAACAUAUGUUUACCAUAGUGGAAAUGGAAAACAGUGGUGUUGUACAUAUGCUCAAUAAUGAUCGGAUUGAAGAUCUACGUCGUUUGUACAAACUUUUAAAACGGGUACCCAAUGGGCUUCCAACGAUGACAGAGUGUAUUAGCAAGUAUCUCCGGCAAAAAGGUGAAGCUUUAGUGGCAGAUUCAAACGAAUUAGAAUCUGGAUCUGGAAAAAAUCCUAUUGCCUACAUUCAGUCUUUACUAGAUCUGAAGGACCGAUUUGACCACUUUUUAAUUAAUGCUUUUGACAGUGAUAAAUCGUUCAAGCAAAAGAUACAAAGUGAUUUCGAACACUUCUUGAAUUUGAACCCAAAGAGUCCCGAGUACCUUUCAUUAUAUAUGGACGACAAGCUGAAAAAAGGGAUGAGGAUGCUAAAUGACACGGAACAGGAGUCGCUACAGGAUAAAUCAAUGGUUUUGUUCCGCUUUUUACAAGAGAAGGAUGUUUUCGAGAGAUAUUACAAAUCUCACUUGGCGAAACGUUUGUUGUUACAGAAAAGUGUGUCGGAUGACGCUGAAAAGGCAAUGGUGGCCAGAUUAAAGACUGAAUGCGGUUGUCAGUUCACGUCAAAACUCGAGGGGAUGUUUAAAGAUAUGGAAGUCUCCAAUACUUUGAUGUCAGAUUUCAGAGAAUAUAAAGAAAAUGUAGAUCGGACUCGCGAUCCAGUUGAAAUAACCGUGAGGGUUCUUACUUGUGGUUAUUGGCCUACUCAGGCUGCCCCUAGCUGCGUUUUACCACCGACGGCUGAACAGUCAUUUGAAAGUUUCAAAACGUUUUAUCUAAGCAAACACAGUGGAAGAAGAAUUGCACUUAAUCCGGUCUUGGGACAUGCUGAUGUUAAAGCUGUGUUUUACGGGGCGAGUGCAAAUACCGAUGAAUUAAGCCAGCAGGAAUCAGACUUAGCUGGGCCGUCUGUUGCACCUCGUGCAAAAGAGGAACACAAGAUUUUGAUGGUCAGUACUUAUCAGAUGUGCGUACUCUUGCGAUUCAAUGUGAAAUCGAAAAUAACAUUCGAGGAGCUUUUGGCUGAAACUCAGAUACCUGAGAAGGAGUUGAAGAGGUCACUUUUAUCUUUAGCCAUGGGUAAGACUGCCCAAAGAGUUUUAUGCCGUAAAGGACAUGGUCGAGAAAUUGAAAACACUGACGAGUUUUGGGUGAACGAUGCUUUUACGUCGAAACUUACUAGAAUUAAGAUACAAAUGGUGUCAGGACGGGCUGAUGCUGAACCUGAGAGGAAAGAGACGCGAACAAAGGUGGAGGAAGAUCGUAAACACGAAGUGGAGGCUGCUAUUGUGCGUGUUAUGAAGGCUAGGAAGAAUUUGAUGCAUAAUAUGCUUGUUAGUGAGGUGACGCAGCAGUUGAAACAUAGGUUCUUACCAAACCCGCAAUUGGUUAAAAAGAGAAUAGAAUCAUUAAUUGAACGAGAAUAUCUUUCGAGGGAUAAGGAAGAUCAUCGUAGAUACAAUUAUGUUGCAUUGGUUCUUGUAUCGUAA